AUGGACAUCAUAUCUCAGCUGCAAGAGCAAGUCAACACGAUCGCUGCUCUCGCUUUCAACACGUUUGGAACUUUACAAAGAGAUGCACCGCCCGUUAGACUCUCCCCCAACUAUCGUGACCCUGUGGCUCCUUUGUCAGACGACACAAUCAACAUUGCAGAGCAGCCAAAGUUAAUGAGCGCUGCCCUGGUUCAAGCUGCGAAGCAGGUCAACUUCCCUCUCUGAACGUUCAUCCUCCGAGAAAUUUGAGAUUCUCCACAUCUGGUGAUAUCUUCAUGUUGCAGCUUUUCCAAGUAUUCCUCUUGACUUUACCCUCGAGUUUUAUCCCUCUGGAAACCAAUACAACUGAUGAUGUUGUUCUAACUUCUCCCAUAUCCUAGAUCUCCCCAGAGUAAUUAUACUAUGCUGAUGGUGAAUUGUUUGGAAUUCGUAACCGUUGUAUACUUUUUUUCUAAUAUGUUUCAGUGAUGAGCAUAAUUUUAUUUUGCCUCUCUCUGGAUUUCUGGACCAGUCGUAUAACUUUAUUUAAAUUUAUUCAAAGCGCAUGGGUCUGUCUGCAGUUUGACAUGCUCGUUUCGGCUCUGCCGCUGUCAGAAGGAGGUGAAGAAGCCCAGUUUAGAAGGAUAACUGAACUUGAGGUAAUGCUAAUUUAUUAUUUAACUGAGAAGCAUAUAUAUAAUUACGCCCUAUGAUAACAACUGGAUACUAUGAAUUUCCGGGUUUUUAAACGUCAUGCCAGGCAGAAAAUGAAGCAGUGGGGGAGGAGCUUCAGAUGCAGCUCGAAGCUGCAGGUACAUUGCCUACUUUUCAUGGUGAUCAAUGAUCUUGGAGCGCUCAUUGUCAUACAUGAUCUCCUUUUCAUGGUUCAUCUUCUUUGUGCCCGUCUUUUUGUGAAGAAUACUUCUUCCUUCUGGACAAGUAUCUCUUCAGUUCUUGCAUUCAUCAGACUUACCAUUGUUGCAACGAUUCUUUCUAGUCUCCCUCAUAUUCUGCAUGCUGCUUCCAUCUCCAGAGGAAGAACUGCGACAGGUCCAGGAGCUGUUCAAGCAGGCGGCGGACAACUGCUUGAAUCUGAAGAGGCCAGACUGA